GUCCUCCGCGGCCUCCGCUUCCCCGGCGAAGCCGCAGGCACCCGCGAGGGCACAGGCAGGGGCGCCCGGCGGCUGUUCUGGCAGGAGUCGGACGCCGGUAGGAGCUGGGCGCGCACGGUUACCGAGCGUGGAGGAGACACUGCCCUGCGGCGAUGGGUGCCAGGGGCGCUCCUUCACGCCGGAGGCAGGCGGGGCGGCGGCUGCGCUACCUGCCCACCGGGAGCUUUCCCUUUCUCCUCCUCCUGCUGCUUCUCUGCAUCCAGCUCGGGGGAGGACAGAAGAAGAAAGAGAAUCUUUUAGCUGAAAAAGUUGAACAACUGAUGGAAUGGAGUUCCAGGCGCUCCAUCUUCCGAAUGAAUGGCGAUAAAUUCCGAAAAUUUAUAAAGGCACCACCUCGAAACUAUUCUAUGAUUGUUAUGUUCACUGCUCUUCAGCCCCAGCGGCAGUGUUCUGUGUGCAGGCAAGCUAAUGAAGAGUAUCAAAUACUGGCUAACUCCUGGCGCUAUUCAUCUGCCUUCUGCAACAAACUCUUCUUCAGUAUGGUGGACUAUGAUGAGGGAACAGAUGUUUUUCAACAGCUCAACAUGAAUUCUGCUCCUACGUUCAUGCAUUUUCCUCCAAAAGGCAGACCCAAGAGAGCUGAUACUUUUGACCUUCAAAGAAUUGGAUUUGCUGCUGAACAACUAGCAAAGUGGAUUGCUGACAGAACGGAUGUUCAUAUUCGAGUCUUCAGACCACCCAACUAUUCUGGCACCAUUGCUUUGGCCCUGUUAGUGUCACUUGUUGGCGGUUUGCUCUACUUAAGAAGGAACAACUUGGAAUUCAUCUAUAAUAAGACUGGUUGGGCCAUGGUAUCUCUGUGUAUAGUCUUUGCUAUGACUUCUGGCCAGAUGUGGAAUCAUAUCCGUGGACCUCCAUAUGCUCAUAAGAAUCCACACAAUGGACAAGUGAGCUACAUUCACGGAAGCAGCCAGGCUCAAUUCGUGGCAGAGUCCCACAUCAUUCUGGUACUAAAUGCUGCUAUCACCAUGGGGAUGGUUCUUCUAAAUGAAGCAGCAACAUCCAAGGGAGAUGUUGGUAAAAGACGGAUAAUUUGCCUAGUGGGAUUAGGCCUGGUGGUCUUCUUCUUCAGUUUUCUACUUUCAAUAUUUCGUUCCAAAUACCACGGCUAUCCUUAUAGUGAUCUGGACUUUGAGUGAGAAGAUGUGAUUUGGACCAUGGCACUUUAAAACUAUAACCUCAGCUUUUUAAUUAAAUGAAGCCAAGUGGGAUUUGCAUAAAGUGAAUGUUUACCAUGAAGAUAAAGUGUUCCUGAGAUAUAGUUUGAUUUCUUGAAUUCAUUUCCACAUUGAUUGUGACAAUUCUAGCUUAUUCUUGUAUAAUUUUUUUUUAAAUGUGAGCUUUCCUAGUGAAUUUAAUUUAUAGAAGUGGAUGGUUAUAUUUCAUAUUAGCACUGGAAAAAACAAAGGUUCUCAAGCAUAUUAUAUUCAGUAUAUGUCAUAGGACUGAAAUAAAUGACAAUGUAAUUAUGAAUUCAUGUGUUAGAACUGUUCACUCAUUAGUAAAGAAAACCACAAUGUUAGUAAGGGAAAACUAUGAAAUAUAUGUUAAAGAACCCUUAAGGUUGUACAGAGAUAAGGUAUAUGCAUGAAAUUUGUCACAUACUGAAAAAUAUACUCAUUGUCAUUUCAGUAUAAAGGAUGUGUGUAUGGUUACAAAUGUUUUGUUCUUAUUAAUCACAAAUAAAUAAAGAGACAGGGAGCUGUAUGAAUAGUGCCUACAACUUGGAAGCCUAACCUGGGAAAUGGAGGUUUUUCCCAGGUUGUAAAUUUUAAAGCAAACAGGACUAAAUCAAUAAGCUUGAAGGCAUCAGGUGAUAGAAGCAACACACCAGAAGAUUUUAAUUCCUCUCUAACUUUAGUAGGGUCACCCAAGAAUCCAGACUUGUAACUGUAAAACUAAUCCAGGAUGGCCGUUGCCCCAUAUGUUAUAUGGAAAAAGUUUGCCAUCAAAACGUCAUUCCCUAAUGAGUGACUUCAUGAAGCUUUCUCAAAAACUAAAUUAUGAGAGUGUAAUCAGUAUUCUGUUUGUUUAUCCUCUUUAAGUUUAAAAAGCACUUUUUAAUAUGUUAUUUUUUUUUCUUUACAAUAAUCCUGUAAAUUAGACAGGAAAUAUAAAUUUUGUCUGACUUACAGAAGUAUGAGAAGCUAAAAGCCAAAAAGAACAGAAAAAUAGAGCUUAUAGCUGGGCCUUCAAACUCUCAAACCUGAAUUUUUAUUUUCUGUGGUGCUAAGGAAGAAUUUAAAAACACAUUUAGUUCAAUAAACUUUAGAAUUUAGAAGAAUUUAGAAAAAAUUUAAUUCAAUAAACUUUUUUUUAUUUUUCCUUUUAAGGUUUUGUUAUCUGAUUUUCAUUAAGAUCUAAAUAAUAGAAUAUGGAGAACUUAGGAGUUUUAGGUGUACAGUCUCAAAUAGGAACCAAGUAUACAUCUACUGAAUUUAUUUAUUUCAUACCUUUAUGAAAUUUAAUUAAGAAUGGGAAAUAUAAAAACCUAGAAGGGCACAUGAAACUAAAUUCCAGGGCAAUAUGUGUGCUAGCAAUAAGUUAUCUUGUCAAAACAUGAUAUUCAGUGAAAAUUGCGUAACUCAGAACUCUGUACACCUUAUGACAUAUUCCCAAAUCUGUUAUUUAAAAGCACAUUAAGGCCCCUACUUUCUGUUCAAAGUUUGAUAAGUUUAGUACUUGGAUGGCAUUUAUGGAAAAGCAUUAAGUGAUCAUGAUCAUUUGUUUAAUACCUGUCCCUCAGUAGCACUUGACCUGUAAAUCUAAAUCCAUUGAGUAUUUUUACAUUUUCUAAGGUUCAUUCCAAAUGGACAUUACAAUUGGAGUCUGAGACCAAAUUUUACAUGUAAACACAUCUUUAUAAUUAUUUUUGUUUGUCCCUUUAAGGCUCAAAUUGUUAAACAACAUACAUCUAGUCUGUCUAUAAAGCUUUAAUGUAGUGUUCAGUCAUGACCAAAGUCAGACAAUGACCAAGGUAAGGAGAACUUCCCUAUCCCAAGUUAGUAAAAGUUUUGUAGCCUAUAUUAUGUAAUUUCCUCUCAAUAUUAAGUUAUAUGCCUACUACAAAUUUUUUUUUUUUAGCAUUUUAUAGCUAGAAAGCUGUCAUUUUUCUGUAGACUAUUGUUGCUGUAGGGAAGUGAUUCUAGAGGGAAAUAAACUUCCUCAAGACAAGUUGUUACUGGAAAGUGCUACAGGCAAAACUACAAAAAGUGGUUAAAAUGUAGUUUGCUUUUAGAAUUUAGCAUGUGGAAAGUCACAUAUGUAAAAUAGGCUAUCUUUAUCUUGGCCAAACAAAUUAAAUUGAAAAAUUCUUAUCUGGUAUGCUGUAUCCUCCAAUGUCACUUUUCAGCCGGAUUUACUGUAUUGAAGACUCCCUUAAAAACUGGUUAUAUGUUGAACAGUCUCCAGUUAGAAUAAAAAGAAUUGCUUUCCUGCUUAGAGGAAAAAUCUUAACAUAAAAUUCUAUCUAAAGGAGUUUAAUUUCAAACAUCUGAUGAAUAAAGUGUUGUGUUUUGCUCAGCAUA